UUCACACUCAGAAACAAAAGCUAUCAACUUUGAGAGCUGUUUUCUCCUCACCUGUUAUAACUUAAAGGACAACAAGCGUUCUGAAGUUCUUCUUAAGACAAACAGGAACUUCAGGGUUUGUCAUCUUAUUCUGAUUAGUGGGAGGGAUUAACUUCGAGCUUCAUCAGUCAAGUGUUUCAGCUCCGUCAGGAUCAGACUGUAAGAAAGAACGGGUUGUUUGUCAGGUAUUCAUGCAAGAGGAGAGGACCUCGUCUCACUGAAAGGGUUUUAGUGAGACGCCUGAUUGGUCCAGGAUAUGGGGAGGCGCAUCCUAAAUUUAAAGAUGUGGGUGCAGGUCUUGAUUGGUUUUAGCAUCGUCUCAAAAGCACACGGGUUCUCAGGGGGCAGAUUCCCUCAGUCCUGUGGAUCCCUCUUACCUCAACAUGAGAAGGAUUCAGCUCCAAUUUCUCCUGAAACGACCGACCCUCCCUUCUCUGUCACGUUUGAGAGCAGCUGGCGCCCCGGUGACCCGGUUACAGUGGUUCUGAGCAGUAAUGAAUCCACGUUUAGAGGGUUCAUGCUGGACGCACAGAUCAGUUCUAAACCCGGAACCUCACCGGCUGGUCAGUUUGUAAUUCUCGACUCUGAAAGGACUCAACUUUUGGAUUGUUAUGAUUUAAAGGCAUCUGCGGUCAGCCAAACCAACAACCAGAGAAAAACUCAGGUGAAGGUUAACUGGACCGCCGAGGGAGAGGAGAGAGACGUCGUCUUCAGGGCCACAUUUCUGGAAGCAUUCAGUCGUUUUUGGAACCCCAUAAGCGUCCCUUUACCAAAACUCACCACGACCAUCAAGCCAAGCAGCCCGGAGCCGACCACUACGACAGACGUGACACAAACCACUAAGGCCAAGGAAGACAUUGACAAUGGACACCUCAAGAAAGUUCCCAUCUUACUGAUGUUCUUGGAGAGCAUUGUGGAGGAAAUAAAAAUGGAAAUUUUCAAUAUUCAGACAUUUUUAUUUGACCAAAAACCCUUUAACUUUGGUUUGAUUAAGAUGUCAUUAUUAAUGAGCAGCCUGCUGGUGUUUGGAGCUGACGUGUCCUCUCUAGUUUUGUUCCGAGUGUUUUCCUUCGAGGUCGCUCCGGUCGCUCUGGUCAGCGUGUUGAUAGUCGUCGCUUCAGGGGAGCUGCUCGCCGCUUUCAUGCCGAUAGGACCCAGUCAUGAGCUGAAGAAGAUCUGGGAACUGGUUUUACGGGGGUGUUUCGCUGUCCACCAGAUUCUCACAACCGUUGUCCUCUUCCUCGGAGUCCUCGGCAGCACGGAUGCUUCCGGCCGGAAGCGAGGCCGAUCCUGGAGCCUGAACGUCAUGAUCACGUUCACAGUUUGGAUCUUACUGACUCAGAUUUGGAAUUUAGUGCUGGGGAUUCACAAACGAGCGAUUCUGGAGGGAAGCCGAUCAGAUGAGUCAAAACAUUCCAGGCGGAGCGGAACGAGGAGUCUCAGAGCUCCAGCGGUGAUCUUGAUCAUCACCUCGGUGACCUUCGCGGUGGGAGCUGUGGCGUUCGCCGUCGCCUUGAUCGUCGGGCUGUUUGAGGGAAAUUCAUCUGUUUGAAGACGUCUGUGACACGACACAAACGUGGAGAUGUUCUACAGUCUGUAGUGGAAGAACUUCCGUCCUGAAACUGGAAGAACUCGCCGUGUGACCUCAGAACUGAAGAGCGUCUCUGAGCAGAUCUGCUUUUUACACAUCAUGAAAAGAACAAGGAACUGAAUCUUGCUUACAGUAAAAAUAGGAUAUUGUUCGUCAGCUGACGUCUUUUUAAGGAAACUCAAACAGCCGCUGAUUAACUUGUUAUCAGUGAGUCCACAGAGUGAAUCAUUGACGGGGUUAGACUCACCUCCUGAACACGCCGUCUUACUCCAGAGGUCACCAGUCAUCCGCCUCCACGAACAAACAAGUCAAAGGAAAAACCUUUUAGUGUCUACAGAUACACAGAUGUUACAAUUAAAUAAAUAAAAACAGAGUUCAGCACUUAGCAAAUAUUGCACUAUCACGACAAUGAUGCACAAUCAUUGUCAUUCUACAUGUUUUCUAUCAAUAAGAUAAUCAGAAAAUGUUGUGUCAGCAGUAAAAAUAUUUAAACACAAAUUAAAGAUCUGUUACCAAAUCCUAA